AGCCAGCAAUUCCAUUGCGUCACAGCUCUUCUCCAUGGUGAACAGAGCGAGAGCAAAGAAAAUCAGAGUGAGUGUUCUUCUUUCUCCUCCUCAAAGAACUUUGCCGGCAAUGACGAGGCAUCAACCAGUUGUUAGGUCCUUGCCUCUGAUCAGAACUGGUUACGAGCAGCGCUGCCCUUUAUUUCUUGAAGACGAAGUAGUUGUAAUAGACAAUACAUUUGAGCCUAGCACAUCGGGACGAAGUGUAGAGGUGAAGAGAGACGAGCCAGCGUAUAUGACUCUGAGCGAAAGGAACAGAAGUUUUAGAAAUCGUUUAUACGAUCCGCUCACCGCCAUGUCCUCUCGCUUACAACGAACGGAUGAAGUGCAGCAGCUACGAUUAACCUUUCCUAAGAACGAUUUGGAGCUACAUUCGUCAACCAUCCCUCCAGUGCUCAGGCAGAAUUCUAAACACCAAUCCAAGUCGAAGCGCAAGGACGUCGUCGUAUGCAAUAAUGCCGAUAUGUCAAAGUCUACCCAUAAGGCGAUUGUGUACGAGUCAGCAAAUAACCGCUCAUACUUGUCACCCCGUAAUAUGAAGAAAAAAGAGAAAAAAGACCUUGGCAUUGUUGUCAGAAGGGAUUUCCAGAAACCAAGUGCGGCUAAUGUAUCACCCAGAAAGCGACCAGAACCUUCGGAGGAAACAGCGGAACCGUCAGCUGCUCCUCAUGUACAUAAGACCGAAACUUUGACUGUUAUCAUACCUAAGAGAAGAGUGGCACUAUUGAAGAAUGAUGCAGCUGCCCAAUCAACUACAUGUGAUGCAGUGAAAGAGCCUGUCAUCUGCCAAGAUAAUCCAAAAAUCGAAGCACCUACCCCGAGUCCGGAGGAAGCAAAUGGACAGAAUGACGCAAAAUGCGAGGACUCUAGAGAGGCUGUUUUACCUGAUCUCUUGCCUAGCAAUUUGCCCAGCAGUGAAAAGGUCGACAAUCCUGCAUUGGCUCAACAGGAGCCGAUUGCUAACGACGACGAUGUCACAAGUAAAGAGGAAGUUCAGUCAGACAGCGACACAGACACCGAUGAUGAUCUCAAAGAGGAAGUGAGGACAAUACCUGAUCCGCCUGUCUUCAAGUGCAAGAUCUCUGAUAAGAACAUCAUUCCAUUUUCUUCCGAAAAAUACGUGUUCUCAAACCAUUAUUCAUGCCUGGAAUUUAUUCACGAACAGCACUUCCCAUCGAUUGAAGAAUUCUACAUGUCUGAUAAUCUCAGUCAAAAGAAAUGGAGGAAGCUUCCUUGGCAAGUUAUGAUGGAAGCUGUCAUGGCUAAGUUCAAGCAGAAUCGACGGAUGCGUUAUCAGUUAUUUCGAACUGCAGGAUCGGUGCUUGUCGAAGCGUGUCCAAACGAUUCGUAUUGGGGAAUAGGCCUUGCAGCUGAUGAUCCUAGCGUGGCCGACCCGACGCAAUGGAAGGGCCAUAAUUACAUGGGUGAAGUAUUGAUGCAAGUGCGAGAUGUUUUGCUCGAGGACCCAAAAUUCUCCGAUGAGGUUGAAAAAGCCAAGCAAAAUUUACUCACAACAUCUUAAUUAAAUUGUAAUAUUGUAGACGAUUGUAUAAUGUCUUGUUGAUGUGAUAGCCGUCAUAUCUGUCUAGUCUUUGUAGAGAACUGUCAGUUGUUGCCGCUACUUGUCAUAAGUAUUGUUUACUGAUCUUGUUUUAAGAGUGCUUGUAUUGCAUGAGAUUAAGUUUGUUCUUAAUUCGUGUUUUGACGCAUAAAUGUUGUUUCGACUU